AUGAGAGGUGCGGGGGUUUCCUCCGGAGCUGUCACGCCGCCCCGGCAGCGGCAGACAGCCCGGUGCAGGAAACAGAAACUUCAGUCCACCUUAAGUGACUCUGGCUUCGAAGAAGACUUGGCGUCCCCUCAGAUCCCGUGUCGCCCUGGAUCGGACGUGUCCCACCUGGAGUCAAACGAGCCGGAGCCUGCAGGACGGCUGUCCACCUGGUUCCUGCAGUACGGAGACGUCGGAUUCAAGAUCCAGAAAGUUAAAGAGGCGCAUUUUCAUCCCUGUCAGAGUCUGGCACGCCAGCCACAAUUGACUGCAGAGGCUCGGUGUAAGCUGGUCAGCUGGCUCAUCCCAGUACACCAACAUUUCCAUCUGUCCUUUGAAUGCUGUUGUUUGACGGUGAACAUCAUGGACAGAUUUCUGGCAUCCACUCCUGUUGCUGCUGACUGCUUCCAGCUCCUGGGGGUCACUGCACUCCUCCUAGCCAGUAAACAGGUGGAGGUGUGCUCCCCUUCAGUCAGCCACCUCCUGUCACUGUGUUGUGAUGCUUUCACCAAGGAGCAGCUCUGCAACCUGGAGUGUCUCAUCCUCCUCCGUCUGAACUUCCGCCUGGCUGCACCCACCCUGGCCUUUUUCCUGGACUGUUUCAUCAACUGUGUUGAAGAUGCCCAUCUGAUGACUGAGAGCGACAGUAGUGACAUGUUUCUAACAGUGAAACCGGGCAUGGCAAGAACCAGGCAGUGCAGCAACCUUGCACAAAAAGUGUGUGAGUUGACCCUCGCUGAUUAUGCUUUCAAUAAAUACCCACCGUCUCUGACUGCUAACUGUGCAUUAGGACUAGCCGGUGAAUUACUGAAAACUGAACACGGCUAUGCCGAGGACACAAACAAGCAUUCGCCAGGAAACCAGUGUGAGAGUUUCAGGGAUGACCUAUCCAUUUCUAUCAACCCUUCUGAGAACCGUGAGUGUUCAGACGAGGACUCCUGUGCAGCAAAUGACCUGUCUAUAGGCGAGGAGAACGAGUUCAACUACAAUCUGCUGCAGGAGUGCAAAGACAAACUGAAGCUGCUGGUGUCACUAAACCGGGAGACACUGACACUGGUGUGUUCCAUGUGA